ACGGAGCGCGGCCGGACAUGCGAGGCGGCGGGCGGCGGACGGCGCGCGGCGCGUUCGUUUCCCCGCGGGGCGGGCGGUGGAGGGCGGCGGCUGUCGCGUGAGCGCGGCGGCCCGAGCCGAGCGGGCGGCGCCAUGUGGAGCGGCCGCAGCUCCUUCACCAGCCUGGUGUUGGGCGUGUUCGUGGUCUACGUGGUGCACACCUGCUGGGUCAUGUACGGCAUCGUGUACACGCGCCCCUGCGCCGGCCACGCCAACUGCAUCCUGCCCUACCUGGCGCGCAGGCCCAAGCUGCAGCUCAGCGUCUACACCACCACUCGCUCCAACCUGGGCGCAGAGGGCAACGUGGAUCUGGUCCUGAACGUGGAGGACUUCGACGUGGAGUCCAAGUUCGAGAGGACUGUCAACGUGUCAGUCCCCAAGAAGACGCGGGACAACGGCACGCUGUAUGCGUACAUCUUCCUGCACCACGUGGGUGUCCUGCCCUGGCACGAUGGCAAGCAGGUGCACCUGGUGAGCCCGCUCACCACCUACAUGGUCCCUAAACCUGAGGAAGUGAACCUGCUCGCUGGUGAGCCCACCGAACAGCAGAUCGAGGAUGGGAAGAAGCCAUCAAGUGCACUCGAUGAGCCUGUGUCGCACUGGAGGCCCCGGCUUACUCUCAAUGUCAUGGUGGACGACUUCGCCUUUGAUGGUUCUGCCCUGCCAGCAGAUGUACACCGCUACAUGAAGAUAGUACAGCUUGGGGAGACAGUGCAUUACCUCCCAAUCCUGUUCAUCGACCAGCUCAGUAACCGGGUGAAGGAUCUUAUGGUGAUCCACCGCUCCACCACCGAGCUCCCGCUCACUGUGGCCUAUGACAGCAUCUCACUGGGCCGCCUACGCUUCUGGAUCCACAUGCAGGAUGCCAUGUACUCACUGCAGCAGUUCGGCUUCUCAGAGAAGGACGCAGAUGAAUUGAAAGGCAUCUUUGUGGACACCAACCUUUACUUCCUGGCCCUGACCUUCUUUGUUGCUGCCUUUCACCUGCUCUUCGACUUCCUGGCAUUUAAGAAUGACAUCAGCUUUUGGAAGAAAAAGAAGAGCAUGGUCGGCAUGUCCACCAAAGCCGUGCUCUGGCGCUGCUUCAGCACCGUGGUCAUCUUCCUGUUUCUGCUGGAUGAGCAGACCAGCCUGCUGGUGCUGGCCCCCGCGGGUGUUGCUGCCACAAUCGAGCUGUGGAAAGUGAAGAAGGCCUUGAAGAUGACAGUGACGUGGAGUGGUCUGAGGCCAAAGUUUCAGUUUGGCGCCUCCUGUGCCUCUGAGAGGCGGACAGAGGAAUACGACAGCCAGGCCAUGAAGUACUUGUCUUACUUGCUAUACCCUCUCUGCAUUGCGGGUGCCGCCUACUCGCUGCUCAACGUCAAGUACAAGAGCUGGUACUCGUGGCUCAUCAGCAGCUUCGUCAAUGGGGUCUACGCCUUUGGCUUCCUCUUCAUGCUGCCACAGCUCUUUGUCAACUACAAGAUGAAGUCGGUGGCCCACCUGCCCUGGAGAGCCUUCACCUACAAGGCCUUCAAUACCUUCAUCGAUGAUGUCUUCGCCUUCAUCAUCACCAUGCCCACCUCGCAUCGGUUGGCCUGCUUCCGGGAUGACGUGGUCUUUCUUGUAUACCUCUACCAGCGCUGGCUCUAUCCCGUGGAUAAGAGCAGAGUGAAUGAAUUCGGGGAAUCGUAUGCGGAGAAGCCCCAGCAGAAAUCACACCCGGACUGAGGCGGGCACUGCACACAGCAGAUCCUCGGGGUGCCAGGCAGGGUUUCCUGGACGCCCGUCUGCAUUGCCAAAGCCUCUGUUGCCCGCCUGCCAGAGGAGCGCCCGGUGCAGGGCCAGGCCUGCACCGAGGGCACAAGUGCUCUGGAUCCUUAGGCCUCCAAUCCUGUCGGCCCUCACCCAGACAUGAGGUUUCACAGUCACUUGUUUUCAGUUCAUAUGAGAUUGUCUCAAAGUUGACAUGUCUGUGUUUCUACUCAAUAAACUUGGCCUGGCCUGAUGUGGAGUCAGGUGGGGUGUUUGCGGGAGAA